UCGUCCCCGUUCGCCGUGGCGAAACGCAGCCCCCGUGUUUGCCUCUGCGGGCUUGCUCCAGGCUGGCCGCCGCGGAAGCCCCCGACGCCAUGGAGGAGUGGGACGUGCCCCAGAUGCAGAAGGAGGUGGAGAGCCUCAAGCACCAGCUGGCCUUCAAGCGGGAGAUGUCCUCCAAGACCAUCCCCGAGCUCCUCAAGUGGAUCGAGGACGGGGUCCCCAAGGACCCCUUCCUGAACCCCGACCUGAUGAAGAGCAACCCCUGGGUGGAGAAGGGCAAGUGCACCAUCCUGUGAGCCGGGACCGCGCCGCGCGGCUUUUAUAAAGGCAGCGGA